AUGGCGUCCUCAAUCUACCUUUUCAUGGGACUGGCAAUUUUGUACGCUGCCACGGCAGACGCGCAGCUAUUUCAGAGCUUCUACGCAAAGAGCUGUCCCGGUGGUGUGCAAGCUGUUGCCAACUUGGGAUGCGAUGGAUCAGUGCUUCUGGCUUCAACUCCUGGAAAUAAGGCAGAAAAGGAUGCACCAUCAAAUCUUUCACUUCAAGGAUUUGGAAUCAUUGAUCAAGCGAAGGCAGCAUUAGAGAGAACUUGUCCCGGUGUUUUCUCGUGCUCCGAUAUCCUGGCUCUAGCAGCUAGAGAUGCCAUCUCCACUAUUGGAGGUCCAAGCUGGACGGUUCCUCUCGGUCGAAGGGAUGGAACGAUUUCGCGCGCAAGUGCCGCGUCCAGCAAUCUUCCGGGUGAUGGGUUCAGCUUCAGGCAGCUUCUUCAGAACUUUAACAGCAAGGGCCUCAGCCAAUCGGACUUGAUCGUACUUUCAGGUGCCCACACAAUCGGACUUACCCACUGCAGCGAAGUCACUCCCCGCAUCUAUAAUUUUCCCAGAAGCGCGAGUGGUGCCGACCCUUAUGUCAACAUCACUUACGUCACGGAGAAGAGAGGAGUGUGUCCCAACUCCGCCAGCAGUGCCAACAAAUUCGUCACUCUGGAUUCAAGCAAGGGAGGCCAGACCUUUGACAUCAACUACUUCACUAACGUUCUGGACCACAAGGCCAUCUUCAAGUCGGACGAUGCUCUCAUCUCCACAAGCAGCGGUUUGAAGCAAGUGCUGGAUCUUGUUCGAUCCCCGAGCUCGAAGUUUUCAGCCAAUUCGGGCUGGUUAUGCAGAAGAUGGGAAGGAUCCAGGUCCUGA